AUGAAGAUGUUGGUGGUGUUCCUGCUCCUUCUGAUUGUUUCCCAGCAUGCCCUGGCUGUGGUGGUGGAGGUGAAUAAGGAGGAAAAGUCUGUCCUGCUGCCCUGUCAGUACUCAGGCUUUGUACCCGAGGACCUCACUGUGAUGUGGACUCGCAGUGAUCUUGAUCCCAGAUCUGUGCACCUCCAACAAGAAGGAGUAGAUGAUCUUAAAGGGCAGAACCAGCGUUACAGCGGGCGCACGUCACUGAGGCCUGAUGCUCUGGAUACUGGAGACUUCAGCCUCACUCUGAGAACACCACAGCUGACUGACAGCGGCAACUACACCUGCUCCAUUACUGAUGGAACAUUAGAACGGAGACUGGGAGACCUACAGCUGCAGGUCAAAGACCACCAGAUGGAGGUGAAGGUGGAGAAAGGGUCAGAGUCUGUCAUCCUGCCCUGCAAAACAAAAUCUGACCUGCCUGAGGACGUCAGAGUGGAGUGGACUCGCUCUGAUCAAGAACUCAUGAUGGUCCAUGUGUAUCCAAACAGAGGAGACCAGCUUAACACACAGGACGGUCUUUACAGAGACCGGACGGAGAUGAAUGAAGACCUGCUGAGAACUGGAGACCUCAGUCUGACCCUGAAACACCCCACAGAGAGAGACACAGGAGGAUACAUCUGCACCAUCUACAGGGACAAAGACACCCUGAGACAGAAAGUAGUGCUGCAUGUCAAAGAACCGUUUCCAUCCUGGGCCAUAGCUCUCCUGGUUCUCCUGGUUGUUCUUGUGGUUUCUGGAGGUCUUUUAUUUCAUUUCCGGCAGUACUUCAUCAAAAUCUUCAUCUAUCAGGUGGAGGUGGAGGAGGGGGUGGAGUCUGUGCAGCUGCCCUUCCAAACCACACAAAACCUGCCCGAAGAUGCUCAAGUGUGGUGGUGGGAUAGUGCUUCCAGAAGAGUCCACUUGUAUCAGAACGGCUCUGACCGGCCUGAAGAACAGCACCAGGUUUACAGAGACCGAACGAAGAUGAAUGAAGACCCGCUGAGAACUGGAGACCUCAGUCUGACCCUGAAACUCCCCACAGAGAGAGACAGCGGGAGAUACAGAUCAUUCCUCUCCAGCAGGAACAUCUGCAAAUGGAAAAAUGUGCAGAUAAAAGUCAAAGGGAGAACUCAGGUCCAGGAUCAAACAGGGAUCCUCAGGAACAGAAGCAGCUCCAUCGAUCCGACUCCUCUGAUGGCUGAUCAAUCAGUUUGA